UUCAACAGUUUUCUGUAGUAGGCGCCGUGGGCCGUGGCCGCUUACUGUGCUUUGACAUGUCGUGGCUGAUACAAUCUCUCGGCCACAUCACUCGACAGAGAUAUCUUAUCGCAUUGACAUUUUUACUAAUAGGUGACCAAGUGAAUUUUUUCUGCACAAGAGUAUUUCUCUGCGCCAGGCCCUCUCGAACUCAAACGCUCUCAAAUGUAUGCCAUCGAGAGUGUUGUGGAGAAGCCCAUUAAUCUGAUCCAAGGCCCUCCUGCUACCGGAAAGACAGUAACUUCCACUUCUAUCGUCUAUCAUCUCGCCAACAUGAAUAUCGGUCAAGAGUUCGUCUGCGUGCCAUCGAACAUGGCUUUCGACCUUGCGUUAUUAUCCCCGACAGUUACAUAUUCACGCAAGUCUGCUGUGAAGCUUUUGGAUACGAGUGAUGUCUUGCAGGCUCUUAAGGAAGCGUUGCUGGAGGCAUUAAUCAGGAAGCCGUGUAUGCACAUGGAAGAGCUAGCGUGUCCUACCAUGCUAACCAAUAUGCGGUCAUCAUCAGCUUCGCUCACCUAUCCCUCCGCCUGGUGCCAAAACAAUGGCCAAUGCCGACAGUGCUCACAUACCAGUGAAACUAGUUACGGUGCCUGCACUUGGUCCGGAAUGGCAUUUAUCUGAAAUGAAAACCCUGAUUAAGUCGGGUCGACAAGAGAUCAAGAGUGAGAAGUGGCUG